AUGGCUUCUAAUAGGUGGCAUUUUUCUGGCUACAACCUCUGGGUCUGCUUCCUCGUCUCCCUGGGACAGAUCGCAUUCGGCUAUCCAGCAUCAAUCAUUGGCGUGACCCUUGCGCAGCCUCCUUUUCUGGCGUACAUGGGUCUUAUUGAUGCUGCCGGCGAAUACACAGCCAACAGCUCGUCUCUCAUUGGAGCCUGCAGCGGCGUGUUUCAAGCCGGCGCAACCAUCAAUGUCUUCAUUGCGAGCUGGGUCUGUGACAAGUGGGGGAGGAAAGCUGGGCUCAUCUGGUGUGCGAUUCUGUCAUUAUUCGGCGGAGCUCUACUGGUCGGCGCACGCAACAUCAGCAUGUUCAUCGUAGGGCGAAUAUUCGCUGGAGCGGGAUCAUGGGGCUUUCUGUCUGUCACACCUGCAUACUCCGCCGAGCUCGCGCCGCCAGAUCUUCGCGGGCUUAUGGUUGGCUUGAACGGCAUCAACAUAGCGCUCGGAUAUGGGCUGGCCUCAUACAUGGGACUGGCAUUCUUCUACACGAACGAUCCUGUGUCCCAGUGGCGUACUCCUCUAGGCAUCGCACUGAUUUGGCCAUUGAUGAUGAUCGGGAUCUGUUUCUUGGUGCCCGAGAGUCCAAGGUAUCUGCUGAUGCACGGCCGUGUGGACGAGGCAAAAGCGAUCACCUUGAGGCUGCACAAGCUGAAAUCUGAUCCAAAUAACGACUUUGCGGAGGCGGAGUUCUAUCAAAUGGCAGCUCAAGCAGACAUCGAUCGCAAGCUCGACCCAAGCUGGCUGGAGCUGUUUCGGAAGCCUUCGUAUCGCAAGCGCUGCAUGCUUGCAAUGACAUUUGCUUUCAUUGGUCAAAGUAGUGGCGUCUUAGUCUGGAACAACUAUGGUCCAACCAUAUAUGCCAACCUUGGCUACGACACCGAAUACCAACUGAUCUUCCAAUGCGGCUGGAUCAGCGUCGGCGUGGUUUUUAACGCUAUCGGCGCGCUGGUUAUGGACCGCACUGGCCGCAAACCCCUACUUCUCAUCGGAGUCGGAGGAUGCUGCAUCUCACUGAUCCUCGAAGCAGCCAUGUCUGCAUCCUUCGCCGAAACCAACAGCAACAACACAGCCGGUCUUCGUGCGGGCGUGGCAUUUGCGUACCUGUUCCUUGCCUUCUAUUCUGUCGGCAUUGAUGUGGCUGGCGUUGUAUUCUACUCCGAGCUCUUUCCCAACCAUGUUCGCACCAAGGGUAUUGCCCUCAGCAUCGCCACAAUUUCUCUGACGGAUCUGGUCUAUCUUCAGGUGGCACAGCUUGCUUUCGAGACCAUCGGGUGGAAAUACUGGUUGGUGUUCAUCAUUGUCACUUUCCUAGGUUUCUGGUGGACAUGGUAUUUCCUACCUGAGACGAAGGGCAUCCCAUUGGAGGAGAUGGCUGCUUUGUUUGGUGAUAUGGACGACGUGGCUGUCUACUCUAGAGACAUCCACUUCAGGCCAGGUACACACGAGAUGGAGCGGGCGGAGCCUGAUGCAGACAAGGCUAUCACCAAGCAUGAGGAGGGCAGCGACGUGGAGAAGGCGACGAAUGGGCAUGUGGUCGGAUCGUAA